UAGAAGAAGAGUGAUAAAUGGAGUGAUUACAGCAUAAAAACUCAAAAUAAUCCUAGGGUUUCAAAUCUCAGAGCAGUGGGAGCGAAACAGCUGAGGGAGGACUGGAAGCAAUUAGAGAGAGAGAGAGAGAUGAGCUCUGUACAUGGAGCAAAGGAGGAAGAAGAAGCAGAGAACCAGUUCCACCGUCUGCCGGACGACGUGCUACUAAACAUCUUCGACAAGGUCUCCGACUUCAGAGGGCUAUGCAGAUGCUUCCUCGUUUCCAAGCGAUUCGCUUCCCUCGUCCCUCGCGUCCAAACACUCUCCGUCGCGAGCGAUAUCUCUCCCGUCCAAACAGCCUCCGAGCAAUUCUCUUUGCGCCUGCAUAUUUCUGGCCUCGUGUUUCUGGCUAAGUUGACACAGAUUCGAGCUCUGAGUAUCGAGAUACGCUCUGAUUUUGUCGAUGACAAUGAUUCAGUUUUCAAAUGGGGGGCCAAUUUCACCCAACUCGACAGCGUCACGGUUCUUUACGCUACGUCUCUCUCUAAAAUGACGGGAUCCGAAGAAGAAGAAGCCGAUACUGAGAAUGGGAUAACUCAGGAAGAGGUGCAUCGCCGAAAAGUGGUAGCCGUUGAGUGCAUAAAAGGUGCAAUUAUGUGGGUAGGAACCUUGGGUUGUGUUGUCCUGGAUUACCCGAUGCUUCAGAGCGUUACCAUUUGCGAUUCGAUGAGCAAGGGGGUGAAGCUAUGUUUGGGUGGUGAAAAGCUUGUGGAGUUCAGGAAUGCGUUGGAUUUGGAAUGGGUGAGCUCGUUGGGGGAAAGGGCCGAGUCGUGGACACAAGAGAAUAUGAAGGUUGGGUAUGUGCCUGUUUUAGAGCUCCCUGUGUCUGGGUAUGUGAUGAAAGGGGUAACCGUUGUGAACUUCAGAAUGUUUGCUGAUGAUAAUUCUGAGGUUGAAACGGCCAUGGUGGAUGCUUUCGCGGAGGAACAAGGUGUUUUUGUGGAAGCCGUGGUGCAGAUUCUGGAAAAGCAUAGGAACGGUAUUGAGGCAUUGCUCCAUAACUAAAAUUGAUAAACUAAAUCCUAGUAAUUACUGUGUCUUUACUUGCUGUUCUUGUUACUGCUUUAGUUUCAGUUGCUGACUAAGAAGCUUGGCUUGCUAGUCCAAUUGAAUAUAAGACAAACCAUAAUUGCAGUUUAGCGAGCAAAUUAUAUGGAAAUUUGUAUAUGAACAUGAAUUGCUUGAAAUGUGCUUACAUUGUUGGAAGAACUUUCAAGGAUUCUGCUUUGAUGGGAAA